AUGUUACGAGCAGAAGAAUCGCUGCUCAACAGCAAAGAUGACUUGUUGGAGAAGACAGAGCGAAUCUACGCCCACCGUACCAACACUCAACGGUGCUGGCAAGCGGCUUCUCGAGUUCUAAUAUUGACUCCAUUACUUCUGUCAAUAGUCUUGUUCGUUGUCUAUUUCCGAGACGUCGCCAAGCCAUUGGAUCUUGUCGCAGGCAAUACUACUACCAAGCCUCAAAUUACAGCAAAUAAAGGAAUGAAACGAGAUUUCGGAAUAUUUUUACAUCCAGAAGAUCACGUCUUACGAGAGCCAAAUGUUCUUCGCUUGUCCUGGAAUAUCACGAAAGCCAUAAUUGCUCCCGAUGGCGUCGAAAAGAAUGUUUUCCUCAUCAAUGGUCAAUUCCCCGGGCCUACAAUCGAGGCGCGACCUGGAGAUAUCCUGGAGAUCACAAUCGAAAUUGACAAAGAAAUGUUUAUAUUGAGCAACCCUGCUCUCACUCGCAUACAGUCUUUCCUUCUGGAAGCCGACUCACAUUUACAACAAUCAAUUGGCGACCAGACCGAUGCUGAGUUGCGCCGAUUGAACCUUGAUGAACUAGAGGGUUUCCCAUUAGAAACAUCCCUGCCGGAACCCGAUGUAAAGUUCAUGAUAUAUACCACUGUCCAAAUUUUGAACGCGUUGGAUGAUGAUAUUAGGGCUUUGAUUAAUCGAACGUAUUGGGAAACGCCGAGUGUCCCACUUAUUGCUUCACAAAGGGAUACAUGGAGCAGUCAUCAGCUUGUUCCAUGGACUGGUGAUAAGCCCGUCUGGGUAGAACUGACCAUCAACAAUAUUGACAUUAAUGGGCAUCCAUUCCACCUACAUGGAUUUGACUUUUAUGUCGUCGGCCUCUACGAAGGACAUAGCGGCUGGAAUGCUUAUAACCCGUUUGAUCUUUGGUCAUCGCCACGCGGUGGCCCAUUCAAUCUUGUUAAUCCGAUACGCAAGGAUACUGUAUUGGUUCCCAAGUCAGGUUAUGCUGUGAUACGCUUCCUCGCAGAUAAUGAGGGUAUCUGGGCAUUGCACUGUCACGUUCUGUGGCAUCAAGCGAGCGGAAUGACCAUGGCUCUACAGGUUCUUGGGGACGAGACAAAGGGCUUUAGCGAGUACGCGUCCGGGAGAGAUGCGCUUGAGCAAUGCAUGAGAUAG